AAAGCAAAUGAACGCUGGUGCUGACCAGACGUGUGCUUUUCGGUUUUGUGUCGAGAUCGUUUCAGUUAACAGACAGGAGCGCAACGGGCCAAACAAGUUCUAAAUAUAACGCGCAUACGCUUGGCGAAUCUUAAUUUCGUUUUGUAUAAAAAUCAGUUUCGGAGCUGCAAAGGGAAACGUGAACAGUCGCCAAGAUGGGGGAUAUGUUCCGUAGUGAGCAAAUGGCACUAUGCCAGAUGUUUAUACAACCAGAGGCCGCCUAUACCUCUGUCUCCGAGCUGGGUGAAACUGGCUGCGUGCAGUUUCGUGAUUUGAACUCCAAUGUCAACGCCUUCCAGCGCAAGUUCGUGACGGAGGUGCGCCGUUGCGAUGAGCUGGAGCGCAAGAUACGCUACAUUGAGACGGAGAUCAAGAAGGACGGCAUUGCGCUGCCGGACAUUCAGGAUGAUAUUCCACGCGCGCCCAAUCCACGCGAGAUCAUUGAUCUGGAGGCGCAUUUGGAGAAAACUGAAACUGAAAUGAUUGAGCUGGCGCAGAAUGAGGUCAACAUGAAGUCCAACUAUCUGGAGCUGACCGAACUGCGCAAGGUGCUGGAGAACACGCAGGGCUUCUUCUCUGACCAGGAGGUGCUCAACCUGGACUCGAGCAACCGUGGCGGCGCUGCCGGUGUCGAUGAGGCAACUGCUCAGCAUCGCGGCCGUCUGGGCUUUGUCGCUGGCGUCAUCAAUCGCGAGCGCGUCUUUGGCUUUGAGCGCAUGUUGUGGCGCAUAUCGCGUGGCAAUGUGUUCCUCAAGCGCUCCGACCUGGACGAUCCACUCAAUGAUCCAGCCACUGGUCAUCCCAUCUACAAGACCGUCUUUGUGGCCUUCUUCCAGGGCGAGCAGCUCAAGAAUCGCAUCAAGAAGGUGUGCACCGGCUUCCAUGCCUCGCUGUAUCCUUGCCCCAGCUCGCACAAUGAGCGCGAAGAGAUGGUCACAAAUGUGCGCACACGUCUGGAGGAUCUGAAGCUGGUGCUGAGCCAGACUGAGGAUCAUCGCAGCCGCGUGCUGGCCACAGUCUCCAAGAAUCUGCCAUCCUGGUCGAUUAUGGUGAAGAAAAUGAAGGCCAUCUAUCAUACGCUCAAUCUGUUCAACAUGGAUGUGACCAAGAAGUGUCUCAUUGGCGAGUGCUGGGUGCCCACCAAGGAUUUGCCCAUUGUGCAAAAGGCUCUGUCCGAUGGCUCUGCCGCUGUGGGCAGCACCAUCCCGUCGUUCCUCAAUGUCAUCGACACCAACGAGCAGCCGCCCACAUUUAAUCGCACCAACAAGUUCACGCGUGGCUUCCAGAACCUUAUCGACGCCUAUGGCAUUGCCUCUUAUCGCGAAUGCAAUCCGGCUCUGUAUACUUGCAUAACAUUCCCCUUCCUGUUUGCCAUUAUGUUUGGCGAUAUGGGUCACGGCCUGAUUUUGGUUUUGUUCGGCGCUUGGAUGGUGCUGUCGGAGAAGAAGCUGGCACGCAUUCGCAAUGGCGGCGAGAUCUGGAACAUUUUCUUUGGCGGUCGCUAUAUUAUUCUGCUGAUGGGUCUGUUCUCCUGCUACACUGGCUUCAUCUACAACGAUGUGUUCUCCAAGUCGAUGAACAUCUUUGGCUCGCGCUGGGUAAACAAUUACAAUACCUCAACGGUGCUCAGCAACCCGUCACUGCAGUUCCCACCACGCACCUCAUCCAAGGGCAUCUAUCCGCUUGGCUUGGAUCCCAUUUGGCAGAUGGCUGACAACAAGAUCAUCUUCUUGAACAGCUUUAAGAUGAAGCUCUCCAUUAUUAUUGGUGUGCUGCAUAUGGUCUUCGGUGUCUGCAUGUCUGUCUGCAACUUUGUGCACUUCAAGCGCUACUCCUCCAUCUUCCUGGAGUUUGUGCCACAGAUUUUGUUCCUGCUGCUGUUGUUCGGCUACAUGGUGUUCAUGAUGUUCUUCAAAUGGAUCAAGUACACCACCUUUACCGACUUCCAGGAGGAGACUGCCGGCUGUGCGCCCUCCGUGCUCAUUAUGUUCAUCAACAUGAUGCUGUUCAAGAACACACCACCACCAGCUGGCUGCAAGGAGUUCAUGUUUGAGGCACAGCCUGGUCUGCAGAAGGUCUUUGUCAUCAUUGGUCUCAUUUGUAUACCCUGGAUGCUGUUGGGCAAGCCAUUGUACAUUAAAUUCACACGCAAGAACACCGCGCACUUUCAACAGAUCAAGCACAAUGGUGAGCUGACAGGUAACAUGGAGCUGGCCGAGGGUGAAACUCCACUGCCCACUGGCAGCUCUGGACAUGAUGAGAGCGCUGGCGGCGGUCACAGCCACGAUGACGAGCCCAUGAGUGAAAUCUAUAUACAUCAAGCUAUACACACAAUCGAAUACGUGCUCAGCACCAUUUCGCAUACAGCCUCAUAUCUGCGUCUCUGGGCUUUGUCCUUGGCUCAUGCUCAGCUCUCUGAAGUGUUGUGGAGCAUGGUUUUGUCGCUUGGCCUGAAAACUACCACGUUUACUGGUUCCAUUGGCUUGUUCGUCAUCUUCGGAGCCUGGGCCAUGUUCACGCUGGCCAUUCUGGUCAUGAUGGAGGGCUUGUCUGCCUUCUUGCAUACGCUGCGUCUGCACUGGGUCGAGUUCAUGAGCAAGUUCUACGAGGGUCUCGGCUUUGCAUUCCAGCCCUUCAGCUUCAAGGCAAUUGUGGAUGGCGAAGAGGAGGAAUAAAGCUGCACAAAAUAUAUAUAUAUAUAUCAUAUAUAUGCGCUCGUUUAUUAUGCCUUAACCGUUAUGUUUUUUCUUUGUUUAAAAUCUUGUGGACAUUGUCAGUAUUGUGGUGCUCUUCCCACAUGUUCCUUUAGCCAUUGUAUUCCAUCCGUUUUUGUCAAAAUACUUAAAUUGUAUAUGUUUGUAUUUUGUUAUGUAUUCUCAAUAUCGUUUCAAAGCAAUAAUUUUUGAUAUUCAUUGUUACAAAUAAUUAUAAACAAAAUUGUG